AUGAACGGUGAUCCUCUUGAAACACGUUUGACAAGUGAAGGCUACGACCGGGUUCGCUUUAAACCCGUUUGCAUUUCAUCAAAUCUCGCUCGCUAUUUCCCCCAAUCCUCUGCUGAAACCGUCUUCUGCCCCCUGAAGUCGCUGUCGGCUCCGAUCGCCAGUUCGCCACCAGAUAUGAGCGGCCAUGAUUCAAAAUACUUCUCCACAACUAAGAAAGGAGAAAUCCCUGAGCUCAAAGAGGAGCUCAAUUCUCAGUAUAAGGAUAAGAGAAAAGAUGCUGUUAAAAAGACUAUUGCAGCUAUGACAGUUGGGAAGGAUGUAUCAUCACUUUUCACAGAUGUCUUGAACUGUAUGCAGACUGAAAAUUUGGAGCUCAAAAAGCUUGUAUACUUGUAUCUCAUCAAUUAUGCUAAAAGUCAACCUGACCUAGCAAUACUUGCAGUUAAUACCUUCGUGAAGGAUACACAAGACCCAAAUCCUUUAAUCCGGGCUUUAGCUGUUCGAACAAUGGGAUGCAUCCGAGUUGAUAAAAUCACAGAAUAUCUUUGUGACCCCCUCCAGAGGUGUCUCAAGGAUGACGACCCAUAUGUUCGAAAAACAGCAGCUAUAUGUGUUGCUAAACUUUAUGACAUCAAUGCUGAGUUAGUUGAAGAUAGAGGUUUUCUUGAUGCCCUAAAAGAUCUCAUAUCUGACAAUAACCCUAUGGUAGUAGCAAAUGCUGUUGCAGCUCUUGCUGAAAUUCAAGAUAACAGCAGUACACCCAUUUUUGAGAUCACUAGCCAGACCUUGUCAAAGCUCCUUACAGCUCUAAACGAAUGCACUGAGUGGGGUCAAGUUUUUAUAUUGGAUGCUCUUUCAAAAUACAAGGCAGAUGAUGCUCGUGAAGCUGAAAAUAUAGUAGAGAGAGUUACUCCAAGACUGCAACAUGCGAAUUGUGCUGUAGUUCUUUCAGCUGUUAAGAUGAUUCUUCAACAAAUGGAACUCAUCACUAGUCCUGAUGUGGUACGGAAUUUGUGCAAGAAAAUGGCUCCUCCACUUGUAACAUUACUUUCUGCAGAACCUGAGAUUCAAUAUGUUGCAUUAAGGAACAUUAACCUUAUUGUACAGAAGCGCCCUACAAUCCUUGCCCAUGAAAUUAAGGUGUUCUUUUGCAAGUACAACGAUCCAAUCUAUGUGAAGAUGGAAAAGUUAGAGAUCAUGAUAAAGCUUGCUUCAGAUAGAAACAUAGACCAGGUAUUAUUGGAAUUUAAAGAAUACGCAACAGAAGUGGAUGUAGAUUUUGUGAGAAAAGCUGUUCGUGCUAUUGGUCGAUGUGCUAUAAAAUUAGAAAGAGCAGCCGAACGUUGCAUCAGUGUUCUUCUAGAACUUAUCAAAAUCAAAGUCAACUAUGUUGUUCAAGAAGCCAUUAUAGUCAUCAAAGACAUUUUCAGAAGAUACCCCAACACAUAUGAAUCUAUUAUAGCCACACUCUGUGAGAGUUUGGAUACAUUAGAUGAACCAGAAGCUAAGGCAUCAAUGAUUUGGAUAAUUGGUGAAUAUGCUGAAAGAAUCGAUAAUGCUGAUGAGCUUCUAGAAAGUUUUCUGGAAACCUUUCCGGAAGAACCUGCACAAGUUCAGUUACAGUUAUUAACUGCAACUGUAAAACUUUUUCUUAAAAAACCAACUGAAGGACCACAACAAAUGAUUCAGGUUGUUUUAAAUAAUGCCACUGUGGAAACCGAUAAUCCAGAUCUUCGUGAUCGUGCUUAUAUAUAUUGGCGUCUUCUUUCAACCGACCCCGAGGCUGCAAAAGAUGUUGUGUUAGCUGAGAAACCAGUGAUAAGUGACGACUCAAACCAAUUCGAUUCCUCUCUCCUUGAUGAACUUUUAGCAAAUGUUGCCACUUUAUCAUCUGUAUACCACAAGCUUCCGGAAACAUUCGUGACACGUGUCAAAACCUUACAGAAAACAGAAGAGGAAGAGUUUCCGGAAGGUUCCGAAGGAGGGUAUUCGGAAACAUCAUCUGCACAUGUUCCUGAUAACGGGACAAUCACGUCACCGCCACCUGUCGCCCCUGUCCCCGACCUGCUCGAUCUCAUUGGUCUUGAUAAUGAUAAUAGUAAUAGUAAUGUGCUGUCGGUUGACCAGUCUUCAAAGUCAAAGCCUUCGUUGCCUGUUUUGCUGCCAGCUGGCAGUGGUCAAGGAUUGGAAAUCAGCGGUCAACUGCUGAACAAGAAUACGUUUGGUAUUGCUGCUGGUGGACCGCUUCAGGUCCCGCAAGUGCAACCGGGGACGUGUGAAAUGACGGUUUUGCCCAUGGUUCUGUUUCAGAAUAUAGCACCGGGCCCACCCAAUUCCCUGUUGCAGAUUGCUGUGAAAAACAAUCAACAGCCUGUUUGGUAUUUUAGUGAUAAAGUCUCCUUGCUUGUGUUGUUUACAGAAGAUGGAAGAAUGGAACGUGGUGCUUUCCUUGAGACAUGGAAGUCGUUACCGGAUUCGAAUGAGGUGUCGAAAGAGAUGGAGGGAAUUGUGAUUAGCAAUGUGGAUGGAAUUGUGGAGCAGUUAUCUGGUUGGAAUAUGUUUUUUAUUGCUAAACGUAAGAAUGGGAAUCAGGAUGUGUUGUAUUUAUCAGCUAAGAUUCCAAGAGGGAUUCCAUUCCUGAUUGAAAUUACAGCGGUUAUUGGUGUCCCUGGAAUCAAGUGUGCUGUCAAAACACCAAACCCGGAAAUGGCCCCCUUGUUCUUUGAUGCCCUGGAAUCACUCCUCAAGAGUUAAAAAAUUUGUGGUGUUUAUCUUUUACUUAAAUGUGGACUUUGUUGGUUUUGUAUUUGUUAGAAUAUUAUUGUGUACAUGUUAUGAAAAGUUUGUAUUUUUUUUAGGUGCUUUUUGUUGAACAAACUUUAACACUAUUUUGCAUAUGUAAUUGAUGUGGAAUGAAUGAGAUAGUUUGGUUGGGAGUCUGUUGUAGAGAUCGAAUUGGAUGUACAAGACCAAAUUCCAUGUUUGUAAUUUUUUCGGUUUAACCAAUGGAGAAUCAUUCUGUUAUUAAA